GUGUCCGCGGUGACGCACGCUGCCGUUGCCGUGGUAACGGCACAACCACAGCUUCAGUCCGCGGCUAACAGAAGCUAUCAGAAGCUAACGGGGCAAAAACACAUAGAAAUACACGCGAUCUGCAACGACGAUCCCCGGAAAACCAGCGCGUCUCUGCAGGAUAUUGUCGGCUCUACCGCUGUAAGUGGCUCCAGCGCUGCUGUGCCUGUCCCCAGACCUGUACCCCCCGCGUUAGCCCGGUCGUCUGCACUUCUGGACCUUUAGCCCUUUAGUUUCCCUCCAGUUUGGGGGUGUCCCGGCUCGGAGCCAUGUCCAGUGACUUGGCCGCGGUGUGGGAGGUGGCUCUCAGCGACAGAGUCCACACCAUCGAGUUCGAACAUGGCACCACGACCGGGAAACGCGUCAUCUACGUGGACGGAAAAGAGAUCUUGCGCAGGGACUGGAUGUUCAAACUGGUGGGGAAGGAGACAUUCUCAGUGGGUAAAGCAAACACCAAAGCCACGAUAAACAUCGACGCUGUGAGCGGCUUCGCCUACGAGUACACUCUGGAGAUCAACGGCAAGAGCCUCAAGAAGUACAUGGAGAACAGGUCCAAGACCACCAGCACCUGGCUGCUCAACCUCGAGGGCACCGACCUCAGGGUGGUGCUGGAGAAAGACACGAUGGACGUGUGGUGCAACGGACACAACAUCGAGACAGCAGGCGAGUUUGUGGAUGACGGCACUGAGACUCACUUCACUCUGAGCGAUCACCUUUGCUGCAUUAAAGCUGUGAGCAGCGGCAAGAGAAGAGACGGAAUCAUUCACACGCUCAUCGUGGAUGGGACCGAGGUGCCCGAGUGCACCGAGUAAAACUACAGCCGAAACAUCACUGAAACAUGACUGAAAAAUCACCACAACACAACCAGGACCAAGAGAAAAUACAGAAUCAUUCAUAUGCUGAUCAUGGACAAGGCUGAGGUGCCUGAAUGUACAGAACAAAACUACAGCCUAAACUGUAGUUGAAACAUCACUGAAACAUCAUUGAAACAUCACUGAAACAUCACUGAAACAUCACUGAAACGAAAACACAACCAGAUUCGCACCGAGAGGAGAGAAUGAUAACAUAUCAUUUGAGUGCACCAAGUACCAAAUUCUACCAAAAAUAUCAUCAAACUAAAUCUACAGAUGAGGAGGGAUGAAACAUACUCACAAAAUAAAAAUUUAAACUUGAUUUUAAUACAAAGAAAAACAUGAGAUCCCGGUCUAUUUCAAACCUACGAACACUUUAAGACAGAAACUGGUCCACCCAAAGGACAAAACACAGAGUCACAAACAAAGCAAUGUGCUCUACUCCAUUCAGUGUAGUGAAGACUGCAGUGAACGCUACUCUGGAGAAACUAAACAGCUACUUCACAAGAGGAUGAACCAACACAGACGAGAGAGCAGCACUGGACCUCAGUCUGCUGUACAUCUCCACUUAAAAGCCACAGGCCACUCAUUUGAGGACAGCGAGGUACAGAUUUUAGCCAGAGAGAAAAAUUGGUUUGAGAUUUUUGUUAAGAAAGAGAAUCCUUCUCUAAACAGAAAUGGAGACUCAGACACCAUCUGUCUCCUAUUUACAACUCCAUCCUCAAACUUAAUUCAAAACAAACAAGAGAGCAACAGGUGUAUCCAUGUCAGGUCCAGAGGUGUGGAAGCUCCAUUAUGGCCAUGAAUUGUUCUACUAAUUAAACCCCACACUCUGUACAGGUCAACAGGCCCAACUAACAAACAGAAACUGUAAACAAGUGUUUGUGUUAGUUUCAGUGUAGUUAGCUCCUCCCUGCAGAUAUAAGGAAGUGUCCACCAGCAUCUGACCAGAACUGAAGAAGCAGCUUGGAUGAGCUGAGACACGUCUUCAACCAAACUAACUUUUGUCCAGCCAACAAACUGAAUUUUCUCCUCACAAAGAAAAAGACUCAACUCUGAUACUGAUACCACCGUGACAAUAACACACCGUCUUUUUAAACAAUAGAAUGCAAUUUUUAGAAAAUCAUGGUAGUUCUUUAAUAUUCCUGUGUUACACUCAAACUGAGGACAUUCUAAAACUAUUUUUUCAGAGUCCUUCAGCAGGUGUACAAGACUUCACCGUCAGUUGUCAUGGUGACUGCUUCAUGAGGUCAAAGUUCAUGGGAUCUCUGCAUCCUUUCUGUUUUGGAUGUGACUUCAUCUGUGCGCCUCCUCGUUUGGGGGUAAAACACUAAAUCACUCUCAGAAGAUGUGAGUCUGGCCUCCAGUGAAACUCGCAGAGUUCAGAUGGGAAUGACUGACAGGAGGAUUAGCCAAUCAGGGACAUGCUGCAGCAAAACAAAUCUGGCUGCUUACGAGUAAAAAAGAAAACGAAACAUAUCACAGGGGACUGAGAAACAUGGUGAAUUUCAGCAGAAUCAAUUUGCAAAGCACUAAAUAAGAAAUGUCAUGUUUUUAAAUGGUGACCAAUGAACUCUUUUGUUUCACAUGCAUCACUGAAUCUGAUUGGACGAUCAUGGUUUUGGCUCAAGACACGAUAGAAGAAGUGAAGAGCAGACUGUCUGUAUUUUUCAUACUGAGGGAUAAGCCUGGAUUUGCCAGUAAAAAAUAAUUUCACUGUGAUCCACCAGGGGGCACUGUGGCGGUAGUAAAUUGCAUUGUUUUUUAAUCAUUUAAUCUAAGUGACUGUGGCUGUUUAAAAUAUGGAUGUUCAAAAGGAAAACCCACACACGUAGAACCUGGUCAGUUAUAUCCAGUCAUCUGAUAAAGUCUGAGGUCAGAGGAACGAGACGUGAGCUCGGAUUAAACUACCUCAGAACAGCUCCAGGAUCAAACGUGAAGAAGACACAAACGAGUCGUCUGUCCUCUACGUUUGACCCGUCCAUCAGUGUCUCUGGGUUAAACCUGUCAAGAGCAAAUGUCUCAUCUGUACCAAUCAGAGCCUCAGACCAGAGCCUAAAACCCGCCCCUUUGUAGAUUGACAGCUCUGAUCUGUUUGGAUGUGUUAUAUUUCUUUUGUUCUAUUUUAGCAGAGCAGAUGUACAUAAUGAGGAUUUUUAGAGUUGUAACAUUUUUAGAGUUGUUUAGAACUAAAUGAGAUUAAAGGUCCUAUAUGACACAACACUGACAACUGUGAGAGGAAGUCAACAACAGACCUGGAGUUGUGUUUGUUUCAUUGUUUGUUGUGUUUGUUUCAUUCACAUGUCAUGAGUAACUCUUUAUUAUUAGUCUGUUUACAUCUACAGCUCCAAAUGCUCUGUUCCACCUUGUGAUGUCACGUAGUGGUCGUUUUCAAGUGAACAGCUGCUUUUCCCUUUUGUUCAGUUCAAAUUCCAUGGCUGAAAUGAUCCAAAUGAUUCUAGUGAAGGUGUGUGCACUUUAAAAACAUAGUGGAGCACUUUCUGUAUUAUCACAUGACAUCACAAGGUGGAACAGAGUGUGUAGGGUUUGUGUGUUAAACGUGUGAAUAAAAUAAAACACAACUCCAUGUGUGUCUGUGAGAGGAAACAUCAUUAUAACAGCUGAGUGAUUGUAUCUUUCACCAGUUUUCUGCAGAACUUAACAGUUUUGGUCACAGAUGUUUGUGUGAGAUUAUCUAACUGCUGUUGGUUCUUUUUAUUUAGUUUUGCAUAAACGACCUGUACAGAUUUGCUUUUCUAUUUAAGACAA